AUGGGAGCUCUGGAGGAGCUGCAGACGACCAUAGCUCUGGUGGCAGAACCUGACCUAGAACCUGACCCUGAACAAACGGGACAUUCUCCGGCUGAACAUACGGGACGUUCUCCGGCUGAACAUACGGGACGUUCUCCAGCUGAACAUACGAGACGUUCUCCUGCUGAACAUACGGGACGUUCUCCGGCUGAACAUACGGGACGUUCUCCAGCUGAACACACGGGACGUUCCCUGGCUGAACACACGGGACGUUCUCCGGCUGAACAUACGGGACGUUCUCCGGCUGAACACACGGGACGUUCUCCGGCUGAACACACGGGACGUUCUCCGGCUGAACAAACGGGACGUUCUCCGGCUGAACAUACGGGACGUUCUCCGGCUGAACAUACGGGACGUUCUCCGGCUGAACAAACGGGACGUUCUCCGGCUGAACAUACGGGACGUUCUCCGGCUGAACAUACGGGACGUUCUCCGGCUGAACAUACGGGACGUUCUCCGGCUGAACAAACGGGACGUUCUCCGGCUGAACAUACGGGACAGUCUCCGGCUGAACACACGGGACGUUCUCCGGCUGAACAAACGGGACGUUCUCCGGCUGAACAUACGGGACGUUCUCCGGCUGAACAUACGGGACGUUCUCCGGCUGAACAUACGGGACGUUCUCCGGCUGAACAAACGGGACGUUCUCCGGCUGAACAUACGGGACGUUCUCCGGCUGAACAUACGGGACGUUCUCCGGCUGAACAUACGGGACGUUCUCCGGCUGAACAAACGGGACGUUCUCCGGCUGAACAUACGGGACAGUCUCCGGCUGAACACACGGGACGUUCUCCGGCUGAACACACGGGACGUUCUCCGGCUGAACAGACGGGACGUUCUCCGGCUGAACACACGGGACGUUCUCCGGCUGAACAAAACGGGAAGUUCUUCGGCUGA